ACAAUUUUGAUUGAACGUCUCAUUCGCCAGUCGAGACGGGACAGCCGACCAGGAAUCCUGCUCUGAUCGAAAUUCGCAGUUUUCUGUUUUGUUUUUACGCGUAGACAACCGAAUUGUAAUCCUUCCGUCGCGUUUCUGUCGUGUUGGACAAGUUUCUUGGCGAGGCGUUUAGAUUGAUUGAUGGACAGUUCUCAGGCGUGGGACAAACUACAAAGAAACUCUGCUCAAGUUCGACAGAAUCAGUUCGAAAGUUUCAACAACAUGUACUCCUAUCUCACUCGAGUACUUCCGAUUGGGAUCGCUGAAAGUCGAGGAAGAUAGCAAAUAUUGACCAGUUUGGCGUUUGAUUGGGCUAUUUGUUCAAUACGGAGUCAAGUGUACGGCGGUGCCUAGAGAUAAGAUCAAACCAUAUCAGCCGAGAUAAGGGCGGAAGGUACCCACUGAACGAUUGUGUACUGGACGUAAAAGCAUUCUUUGCCGUUGAUGUGUCCGAUGAGCGGUUCGCCGAUAGUUGUUGAAUAAGAGUGUUGUUGAAUUUUUUUAAAGCAAUAAGUUAGGAAGAUCCUAAGGGAUCGUUUUGGCAAAGAAAAAAAAUUAAAAAGGUGCAUUAUAAAUCGGUGUCGAAUGUAUUGAUUUCAUAAGUGCUUGAAGAAAAUGAAGACGUGCCUACGGUAAUGUUACAGAACUACAAUAUCUGUGAAAAUUAUUUCUCUGUAGAAUAACUCAUCAAUGAAGAAAAAUUUGAAGAGGUGAUGCAAAAGUAUGCUGUGAUAAUAAUCUACAGAUUACUUGAAAACAUCAAAAAGUGCAACUAAUCAGAACAAUCUGAACCAAAAGAUCUUAACGGUGCCUCAUGCUACAUUCCAUUCGUUAUGGAUAGGAUGAUGUGUAAAACUAUGCGGUCACUAUUCCUGCUAACAAUCUUCUUCUGUGCGUCAUCCGCUCAAUCACCUCCUCCAGGGGAAUGGGAGCAGCCGUAUUUUGUCUCUCUAGUCCCGGAAAAGGUCACCGUAGGUGAGUACAAUUCAGUUCUUCGCGAACAGGAAGUUUCAAUGUGGGAAGAAAUGGAAACGCCGGUUCGGAUAGCGCAGAUUAACUACAAAGGCAAAGACCUGCAGAUUCGUGUUCAACCCGCCCAUAUGGGAGCCCAAGUAGUUCAUGAAGAUGGCAAAUGGUACUUCGAAGUUAACAAUCGUUUGGAUUUCGAGCAAGUUUCUCAACGGCUUUCGGUAAUAACGCUGGUGGUGGAAGGUGAUGUCCGAAAUACGGUUGGGAUGGCUAUAACACUGAUCAAUAUACUGGAUAACACGCCAUCGAUGUACAGUGAGGGACUUUGUACAAUACCGGAGCAUGAGGAUGACUUUCUCUCCGACUGUAAGUACAUGGUGCAUCACGACGACGGUUUUGUAACCAAUGAAAUAGAAGGAAAGUAUACAAAUCGGUUGGAAUUCGAAAUGCCUGAUGUUGAAACCACGUUUGUGAUGGAACUGGCAAAUGUUGUGGAUACCUAUAAUCGGCAGUACAAACUGAGGGUUCUGCAAGCUCUAAACUACGCCCAACAAGCGGUGUACAACUUCGCCACCACGGUAUAUGACUUGAACCGUACUCAUGACUUCACCCUGAAUAUUGUUGUUCAGGUCCGGAACGUUGAAAGCCGAGUGCCGAUCUUCACACGGCCAUUCACAACGCAGCGUAUCAUGGAGAAGACUGCUUUCAGCACAACGAUCACGGCGAUCGACGGAGACACGGGACUCAAUGCUCCCAUUUGCUAUGAUUUGAAAACGGAAGUGGCUGCCUAUGCUAAAUACUUCAGCAUAGAACUGGACGAAAGUGGCAAGAACGGUGUACUGAAAGUGAAGGAAAUCGAUCGAGAUGCUGAAAAGAACGAGUUCUAUGAGUUUCAGAUAAUGGCAUACAAAUGUCACAACGAGCUAUUCAACGUCACCAGUGAAGCUGCGAUCAUUCUCGAUGAUAAGAAUGAUCACAUGCCAACUUUCGAUGUAGAACCCAGCACUUUGGCAUUCUGGGAGAAUACCCUCAUGGAACUGCCAUUCGAACGAUUUAGAAUCGAGGACAUUGAUUUGGGCGCACAUGCAACGUACAACGUUCAUCUACAGGAGCGAGUUUCAGGAGAAGUUGUGUCUGCAACCGAGUCCUUCAGUAUCAUCCCAAACAAUGGCUAUCAGCUGGGUACCUUCACGCUCACGAUCGUCAAUGCAGCCAAGCUGGACUACGAACUCCCCGAGCGACGUCAGUUCGAUUUGAUCGUGACGGCUGCGGAGGUUGCGGAAGCAUCCCACACAAACCAACAGGUCGUAGCCAUUGAGCUUCGCAACUGGAACGACGAAGUGCCAGCAUUCGACAAAGAAAUCUACGAGGUUGCCAUCGAUGAAACCGUCGAAGGCGGUGUUGACCUACUGACGGUGACGAUCACCGAUCGAGAUGUGGAUGACGCAGUACAGCUUCGCAUUUUGAGCCGCAUCGGCAGUGAUCUUAAGGUUACUGCCGUAGACACUUCCGAGCAGGUACACCCAGUGCCAACAUUCGUUUACAAGAUUAGCACGGCGAGGGACGGUAUUUUCGAUUGGGACGUUGCCCAGGAGGUUAUUGUCCAAAUGGAGGCCAAGGAUACGUUGCAAACAGAUAAAGGUGAACCUCUGCAUCAGGUGUUCUCACAAAUUGUAAUCACAGUUCGGGAUAUCAACAAUAAACCUCCAUCGAUCACUGUGCCACGGGGAAGAUUUCACAUCGAGGAAAACUCUGAGCCCAGUACAGUAGUCCAGAUUGAAGGUACCGAAGAGGCCGCGAUCCUAGUCGGAACCGAUCCAGAUUCUGAUGCCCUACUCAAAUUUAGCAUCAAUUGGCAGAGUAGUUAUGCUGUUAAAUCCGGUGUACCUGUUGGUUCAGAAGUCUUUGAAGACUGCCUAAUCAUUGACGUGGAUGCCUCCGAUCGGAACCGAGUGACAGGUCGAAUUCGUGUAAAUCCGGCAUUGAACCAAACCACGAUCAAUCAACGGUUGGAUUAUGAAGCCUACGAGACGCUGUUCCUCACGGUUCGAUUGGUCGAUGAGAACCAGGUUAUCCCUCCAGGAGACACCGAGGCGAUCGUAGUGAUCCAGAUUGGUAACGUUAACGACAACGAGCCGCAGUUCGUUGGAAAUACGUUGGAAGUAGAUCGGUUCGUCAUGGAAGAAGCCGAAACAGGAAACAUUGUCGGCAGUAUAGCGGCUAUCGACCUCGACGGAGACAAAAUCACCUACUCGAUCACCGCAAAGAAUCCUGAUCAUGAGGGCCUAUUUUCCAUUGCACCCACUGGAAUGCUGACGGUAGACGCUUCCGAGAAACCCAUCGGCUGUGACGUACCGAUCACCUACCAAAUCUCGCUUGAGGUUUCUCUCUACGAUGGAUUGUUCACUACCAAAGGAUCAAUCGCCAUCAACAUAACCGAUACAAACAACAAAGUUCCUACUUUUGACUCAACACUCCCUGCAGUAGUGGAGAUAUUCGAAAAAUCCCCAUCCGGUACGGAAUUCCUUCAAUUGAACGUCCAAGAUCUGGAUCGCGAUGAACAGUUCCACACUGUGGCAUUUGAGAUUGACUACAAAACGUUUCCGGACUUGCAGAAAUUCUUUGAAGUCGAACGACUAGUUGACGCAACCAGUGAACGUUUGAAUCAAACAGGCUUGGUUCGAGUUAAGCAGAACAACGAAUUACUGGAUCGCGAUACCGGAACGGCUCGUUUCACCAUCAACGUCAAGGGUUACGACAAUCCGAACGGAUACGGCCGUCAAAACUCGGACGAGGUAAGCUUUACGUUGAUCUUGCUGGAUAUCAACGAUCACGGGCCGAUCUUGCCCAACCUGGCCGAUUUAGAACUGUCGGAGGAUGCCAAUAAAGGAGCUGUGAUAGUGGAUCGGUUUGAGGCGACGGAUUUAGACGACCGAAGCACACCGAAUGCAAAGAUCAACUAUCGGAUCAUGGAAAUCAAGGCAGCUGGUGACAAUUCCCCGGAGGUUGUAGAAGCCAUGAACCGGCAGCAACAAGACGAUACGAACGAACCACUCUUCACCCUGACUGCCCUGGACGAUUUCACCGCCCGUCUUGCAGUUGGUCACGAUCUGAAAACUUUCUACGGUCGCUGGACGGUUCAGAUUGAGGCUUGCGAUCGAGGAGACGAGUACGACCGGCUGCCAGACAGUCCCCGGCUUUGCAGUAAUGCUACCUACACCGUCCAGGUCCUUCCGGUCAACUACAUGGCACCGAAGAUUGAAUUUCCCGGAGAUGACGAACGGAUUCGAUUGAAGUUUGAAUCGUUGACCAACGGCCAACCACUGGUGGACACACAGGGCAACACGGUUCAGAACUUCCGGGCCACCGAUACGGACGGAGGAAGCUUCGGGGUGGUCAGCUUCAGCUUGCAAAGCCAAGACGAUUCACAGGAACCCCAGGAUCAUGUGUACUUCCAGCUGACGACAAUCGACAAGCAUACGGUGAGGUUGGAGUUGGCCAACGCUGUCGCAAUCCAAGCCCGCUCCUAUCGGGUAACCGUACACGCCAUUGAUGGCGGUGGAAAGUCAGCCGAACCGGUUAAUAUAGUAAUUGCUUUCAUCAACAUGACCGGUGAACCCGAAUUCCAACCGGAGGAUUCGCCCUGGGACACAGAUUUCACCGAAAACGAAGAAGGCAUGAAAGAAGAACGAAUCAUCCCCGAAGCCAUUGAUCCGAAGAAUGCAGAACUUCCUCCAGGGGAGCACAACAAUGUGUUUUAUUUCAUCGACGCCACCUACGGCAACGCGAGCCUCCUCUUCCAAUUGGACAAAGAAACUCGAGUCCUACGUCUCACGCAAGAGCUGGACCGCGAGAAAAUACCUUCGCACGAAAUCCGCAUCAUCGCCACUAACAAUGCUAACGGUCCGAUAGCAUCCCUAACGCCAGACUCGCGUUCACUGCUGAUCGUCCGCAUCAAGGUCAACGACGUCAACGAUAACCCACCCAAGUUCCGUCAGUCUUCCUAUUCGGCCGGUAUCACCGUGAACGACUACCCGGGCAAGAUUCUUUUCGAAGUGAUCGCUGACGAUCCGGACGAAGACGACGUGAUCAGCUACUCAAUCGAUGAAUCUACGCUGGAAACGCAUGGUGAGAACCUGCCAACGACUCCAUUCCCCUUCGGGAUGAACCGCGAGAGUGGACAGCUGUCGUUGAGCGUCCAGCUCCAGGAUCGCAUGAAGGGCUACUUCACGUUUACGAUAGUAGCCAAGGAUCUGGUCGACCACACCGAUACGGUUCAGGCGAAAAUCUACAUAAUAGCUGAGUCGAAUCGCGUCAAGUUCGUGUUCUUGAACAAUCUCAAUGACAUCAAUACACCGGAGAUGCGAGAAUUUUUAAAAUCUGAGUUCACAACGCACUAUGGAAUGGAGUGCAACAUUGACGACGUGGUUCAGGGUACCAUUGAGGAAUCCGGUGCCGCUAGAGAUUCGGUGACAGAUGUUCGUGCUCACUUCAUUAGCAACGACGAGGCCGUCGAAGCCGUUGUCAUCCAAGAGAAAUCCAACGACCGUGUCUUCGUCACUAAUCUGAAAACGGCACUGUCAGCGCGGCAGCUUUUCCUCCAGGAUGUACCGGUAACCAGCAUAACCGAGCAAGUGGAACAAAGUGGACUUCUGCAGAGGAUACUGAUUGUAGUUGCGUCGGCGCUGGCCAUUCUUUGCGUCAUUCUCUUGGUAGCGUUUUGUAUCAAAAUAAGAAGCCUCUAUCGGCAACUAAAGGCCAUGUCGGCUACCGAUUUUGUAUCAAUUGCUUCGGAUAUGAACGUCGCUGGGGGUGGCCGGAAGGUUCCAACUAGUAACGUGUUUUCCAUCGAAGGAUCCAAUCCGGUGUUGAACGAUAAAGAGUUCACCAGGGGAGCAUAUGAUGACGUUAGUGUUCAAUCCUACGAAUCGGACUUCAUCGGAAUCGACAAUGACUUGUUUGCCAAUACACGGCCACAAAAGGACGAUGGGCUUAGCCCCGCUAUGAUGGAGCACAUCCGGCAGAGGUCGUUAAACCCGAUGGUGAACAGUGCCGGAAACGAUGAUACGGAAUCCACUUCGAAGCCCGAAAUUCCCGCUCGACGGCAGGCGGAUAACAACGAUGAACUGACACAUCGAUUCUGAGCGAUAAAAUUUAUCCGAGGGUGGGCAGGUUGGGGGGAAAAUGCCGUUGUAAAACAGGAAUCAGAACAUAUUGUUAGACAUUUUUUAUCCGUUGCAUGUAUAUUUUCAUAUCUCAGGGCUCUCCACAGUUGUGUUCGAUUCGGGAGAGGGUUUUAUGUUUUGGCUAUGACGCCCAAAAGCGAAACUCUGUGGAGGAAACAUAAAAAAACCACAUGAUCUUUUGUUCAUCUAGUAUUUUACGACUUUAACUGUUAUUUCAUAUUUAUAUGGCAUUGCUGGGAGAAUUAUUAAACAAGUAAUAUGAGUAAGAGAG